UCAGGCGAGGGGACGAACCAAGUGGACAGACAUGUUCAUGUGAACGUUUCUGUGGUUGUGUGAGUUUAAAGAAACAUGUCUGUGGCUUUGUCGCGCUGUCUCUGCAGGGUUUUGUCCCGACAGACCGCUUCCUCAAGCUUCCUGCUCGGGGAACAUCACUGUGCUGGACAGAGUCCUUGGUUUUCACCAGUGAUGACACUGAAGACGUCUGCUCCACUGAGAGCUGAGCCCAAAAAGAAGAAGAAAGUGGACCCAAAAAGGGAGCAGCUGAUGAGAGACAGGCUGAAAAAAAAGCUGAAGAGGCUGGAGAAGGUUCCACCUGAGUUCAUCCCAAUAGAGGACUUCACCACUCCAGUCAAGUGCCUGGACGAAACAAGGGAACGCUCUGCACCAAGGCUGUCAUUUGAAGAAAGCGAGCGUCGAGCCCUGCUGCUGAAGGAGUGGGGUCGAUACAAACAGGAGCAGCACAUGGCUGAAAUGAAAGCUGUUGAACAUGCUCUAGAAGCCCAGAGGGAGGCACUGGAGGAGCUCAAAUUAGAGUCUGAGGAACUGUACCAGCAGGCACUGAAGCCAGACCCCCUUCUGUUUCCCUUCACUCAUGAAGGUCCCGCCUACACACCACCACAGACUAUGUAUGACGCUCCUGAAGGGAAAUUUAAUGACAUCACUAAAGUUUACACACAGUGACGAGCCUGAAACAGCUGUGGGGCCAGCCUGUGUGUCUCGUCAUGGACGUAGUGUGUUGUUGUCUAUAUGUGAUUCAAUAAGCCAAGAUGCAGCCUUUUAAUAGUCUGCACGUGUAUGUGUGAAGGACACACAUGUAUGUUUUCAUGAAUUGCAGAGUCACCAGAGUUGUUUGAUUUCUGUAUCAAAUGCAACAACAUUCAUGGAAAUUAUUUUCCACAUUUACAUCUCUGUAUACAAAAUAACAGAAGAAAACUAAAAAUAAAAAAUGUUUUUUUAUUUUGCCAAUUUGUUUAGAAUACUUUGAAACAAUUUGUGUUAUUUAAGUGUAAAGCCAUAAUGGCAUAAAAUAGCACAAUUCUGUUGAAACUGUAGAGCUGAAUUCUGUCAUUAUUCAUACCAA